AUUAAAGAUGUGUGACCUGUAGCUGCUGCGCUGCUGACUGCGGAUAAAUGAUCAUUGCAAUGGAUUUGUCCGCUACUACUAGGAUUUGUUCGUGCCGCCCGCCCGCCUGCUUCACUAUUCGCCCCAUGUCUUUUCUUCUCAGUGGCGGGUACUGGAGGGGCCAUUUUUAAUCUCAACUUGUUACAUCUCUGCCUUCUUCCUAAUGCUCUCUCUCUCUCUCUCUAUACUUUCUUAUCCACUUUGAGUCAACAGCCCAUCCAUUAUCUUUUCAUCUUCUUAGCUAAUGACUAAAGUUAAGCCAUCUUUAUCUUUUCUAUCCAUCCAGCAUAUUGACCAUGACACUAAAAAUAAGAAAAGAAAGCGAACUUGGCACAUUUCAAUUGCCAGAUAAUUUCUCCAAUUCAGAAUGACAGAGCCAUGGAAGAAGCGUCGCUGUGGGAAAUGGCCUUGAAUUUGACAAUUUUGUUUUCAUCUGUAAUUUUUUUUUUUCAUCAGUUGUUCUUGGAAAGCAAUGCCAAUAAUUGGUGUUGGUACUUGGUAAACUUUACCACUCCAUUCACAGUAACUUCCACCGGAAAAUUUUGAGGAAUCGACGCAACAAUUUAACCCCUCUGCCAAGAAACAAACAAAGAACUUGCAAAGAAAGAAGAAAAGAAAAGAAAUGAAAUGAAAUGGUAUCUGGUGAGGAAAAGGGAAGGGAAAAGAAGGAGCACUGCCCUCGGAACCAGAGCCAGAAAUUUCGACUCCAACGUUCAUCAUCAUCGUCAAGGUUCAAGUACGAGAAAAAGUACCAGACAGCUUCCAUGGCAGAGAGCAAGAGCAGGAGCAGCAACGUGGAUGGAUCUUGUUGGUCUCCCAUAACCACCAUAAGCCGGGACCAUCUCUUCUCCAUCCUCCUCCUACUACCCAUAGAUUCAAUCCUCUCUUUCGCCACGACUUGCAAAAAAUUCCGCUGCAUCACUUACUCUGACGCCCUGUGGGAAUCCAUCUGCAGGAGGGAUUGGGGUCAGGCCUCUGUUGAAGCCAUGAAAUCUGCUGCUGCUGCUUCCAGACACAGCCCUCACCUGCCAUGGAUGCAGCUCUACCGCCAGGUCUAUCAACUGGACUCUGUGUCUAGCCACAGGCUCUCUGACCCAGAUGCUGAUGAGGUUUUCCCAGGGCCCAGAGCUUCUCAUUCCCUCAAUUUUGUGUCUGGCUGCCUAGUCAUGUUUGGAGGGGGCAGUGAGGGAGGACGUCAUCUUGACGACACGUGGGUGGCACAUAUUGGUAAUGAGUUUACAAGAAGAUUGAAAUGGCAGAAGAUUAAUUCAGGUGUUCCAAGCGGGCGCUUUGGGCAUUCAUGUGCUGUUAUUGGUGAUUCCAUUGUCCUCUUUGGAGGGAUAAAUGACAAUGGUAUCCGCCAAAAUGAUACAUGGAUAGGUCAAGUAUUGUUCCAUGAGACCUUUGGUAUAACGUUUUCAUGGAGGCUACUCGACGUGGGUUCCAUUGCACCUCCACCUCGCGGGGCUCAUGCUGGAUGCUGCAUUGAUAACAAAAGAAUGAUUAUCCAUGGAGGGAUUGGAUUGCUUGGAGUGAGACUCGGAGACACAUGGGUUUUGGAUCUCUCUGAGAAUUUUCUAUACGGAACUUGGCACGAAGUUGUCACUCAUCCAUCGCCCCCAGCUCGAUCAGGACACACUUUAACAUGCAUUGGUGGAAACCAGACAAUUUUGUUUGGGGGGAGGGGAUUAGGCUACGAGGUGCUUAACGAUGUUUGGCUCUUCGACUCAUCCGAGGGCGAGGGGUGCUUGAGAUGGCUGCAGUUACUAUUUGAAUUGAGAAACAUACCGGGAGGGCUUUCUCUCCCUCGAGUUGGUCACUCAGCCACGCUUAUCUUGGGAGGUCGACUGCUGAUAUAUGGAGGGGAAGAUUCAGAUAGGCAUAGGAAAGAUGACUUCUGGGUACUGGACAUUAGCACAGUUCCACACGUCAAACUGCAGCCUGUUACUUUAAAACGAAUGGGAUCAUUAGCCCAUUUGUGGAAGAGACUUAAGUCCAGGGGCUGUAGACCUAACUGCAGGUCGUUUCAUCGAGCCUGUGCAGACCAGUCAGGUCGAUAUGUAUAUGUGUUUGGGGGAAUGGUGGAUGGGUUAAUCCAUCCGGCAGAGUUAUCUGGACUGAGGUUCGAUGGGGAACUUUUUUUGGUGGAACUUGUACUGCAGUGCUAGUGCUAGAUUAUUGUCAAAAUAAGAAGCCUGAGACUCAGAGAGGUAUUGUCUUUCUCAUCAUGCAAGUCUUGUAAAUACUACUUACUAGUCAUAGCUUUACUCAAGUGGGGGUUGAAUAUCAUUUGUGGAAGCCCACUGCCCACUCUUGACACUGACCUGAUGAUGAUGAUGUUUCAGACUAUUGUAAAGAACGAGGGAGGGGAGCGUGUUGAGUUGAUGAAAGAAGAAUAAGAAAUAAUAAUGAAAGAUCAUCUUCAGUGGAUGCAUUUCUGUGUGUUUGUGUGAUGGGUGCUGCUAAGAUUCAUGCAGUGGAAGACAUAAUAGAGGUUGAUGGCCGAUCCCAACUCAGAGAAGGCACUUUAUAUUUCCCAAUGAGUGAGUGGGGGGGGGGUGCAACUAGCUAUGUAAUGUAGGAGCGCUGAAUGGUCAGUUCAGACAUUGCUUUGAUUUGCUUUUAACAACUAAGGAACAGCAGCAUAUUGUAAAAUCCAAAGAAGAAAGAGGGUUGGUUGGUUGGUUCAUUAUUAAGCCCAAAAAAAAAAAAAUGACUUUUGGGGCUCUGGGUUUGGGGGGGUUGAUGAGAAAGGGAGCAGAGCAAAGCAGCAUCAAUUCAUUCAACUUGUGCCCAUUGUUCAUCAAUCAUCUUUCAUGCUAUCUAUUUACCUUCAA